GUGACGAUAACGCGCCAAAUUUGUUAAAAAACCUUGCACAUUUUCACCUCAGGCACAUAGAAAAAGUCUGUCUAAUCUUCUACAAAAAGCCAUAUGUGGAUAGCACAGUUGUGGGACUCGGUUGUGCAGCAUGGCGGUGCCGUUCGUGGAGGACUGGGACGUGGUGCAGACGCUGGGAGAGGGAGCUUAUGGAGAGGUGAGGCUGCUGGUGAACAGAAAGACGGAGGAGGCAGUAGCGGUGAAGGUGAUCGAUACCUCGCAGGCCAACGAGUGUGCUGAAAACGUGAAGAAGGAGAUCUGCGUUCAUAAAAUUCUCAGCCAUCCCAACAUCGUAAAGUUUUUCGGCCGCCGGAAAGAAGGGCCGACUGUUUAUCUCUUCCUGGAGUACUGCACCGGAGGAGAGCUGUUCGACCGCAUCGAGCCUGAUGUGGGGAUGCCAGAGAAGGAUGCUCACAGGUUUUUCCAGCAGCUUGUUGCCGCCGUGGACUACCUUCACAACCUCGGCAUCACGCAUCGAGACAUAAAACCUGAGAACAUUUUACUGGAUGAAAAAGACAACCUGAAGCUGACAGACUUCGGCAUGGCCACCAUGUUUCGUUUCAAAGGACGGGAGCGCCAUCUGAAUCGACUCUGCGGGACUCUUCCUUACGUUGCUCAGGAGCUGCUCAGCCAGGCAGAUUACCGCGCUCAGCCCGCUGAUAUCUGGGCCUGCGGGAUCGUCCUGACGGCCAUGCUGGCCGGAGAGUUGCCGUGGGACCAGCCAACCGAGAGCUGCCAGGAGUAUUCAGACUGGCGUCAGAAGAAAACAUACCUACCUCCCUGGAAGAAAAUCCAACCGGCACCUCUGAGUUUGUUGUCCAAAUUACUGUUAGCCGAUCCAGAUGGACGAAUCACGAUUGCAGACAUAAAGAAAGACCGCUGGUUUAUGCAGGGUUCUCUGAGCUCCGCAGGAAACAAGUUUCUCCGAGGUGACGCCAACCUCAUAUCCAGGGCCAACAGUGACGACAGGAUGCAGUUCUCCAGCUCUCAGCCAGAUUCUGCUCCGACUGGUUGGGAGGCCAUGUUGGUGUUUGGCCACACUGAAGGUCAGGUCAGCUUCUCCCAGCCGACCAGGCCUGAGCACAUGCUGCUGGGGAGUCAGUUACUGGGAACGCCCGGGGCCAGCCAGUCGCCAUGGCAACGGCUAGUGCGUAGAUUGACCCGUUUCUUCACCACCGUGAAUGCCGAUGCCACCUUGUCUGCUCUGAAAGACGUCUGUGACGGCCUGGCGCUCCACUUCAAACUCACUUGUGCCAAACAGGUGACCGUCAGCACGCUGGACAAACGUAACAACAAACUCAUCUUUAAAGUCCACCUGCUAGAAAUGAAUCAGAGAGUACUGCUGGACUUCAGGCUGUCUAAGGGUGACGGUUUGGAGUUUAAACGUCAUUUCGUGAAGAUAAAACAGAAGCUCGGAGACAUCGUCAACACCCAGAAGAUUUUACUUCCCACCGUGUGAGCUGCUCCUCCGAACCAUCGCUCUCGGUCGUAGACAUCGCAUAGAUAAACUGUAAAUAUUUACAUGUUCUUUAAAACCUGUGAGUGUAGAUUAUUUUUUUUUCCAUUUUACUUCUAUCCUUUAAGAUGUUCAUGUCCGCUCCCCUUUGACCCGCUGAUCUGAGUUAAAUCAAAAGCUAACACGUUAAACGUAGGUACACAGGGAUAAGGAGCACUUGUGCAUGUGGCCGACCUUGAUCUGCUAUUAUGAAGACUCUUUUAAUGUUUAUAUUUGUCCAAAAGCUUUGAAUAAACUGUUGAAAGACCAGCUGUGGAUGCUAACUGACACUGUUCAAUCAUUAGUGGUAAGGUAAUAACCACCAGUGGUGGACAGUAACGGAGUAAAUUUACUUGAGUACUGUACUUAAGUACAUAUCCAGAGGAUUUGUACUUUACUUGAGUAUUAGAUUUCUUUGGUACUUAUUACUCCUACUUGAAUACAUUUCCAAGACAAAUAUUUUUACUUUUACUCGAGUAAAUUUCUAGGAAGGCUGAAAAGUACUCGUUACUUUCAGGUCUGCUCUUUUAUCUUCUUCCCUAAAAUCCUAUUUUUAGACGGAUAUUGGGAGACAGGCACAGAGACAGACAUUGGGAGACAGUUUGUUAUGCUCUAUAUUGCUAUAUUGUGCUGGUACAUGUCCUUCCUGUAAAGUUAAGUGACUUCAACAUUGAGUUAUUGAAAGCAGAGAUGUAGUUUUUUGUAAACAGUGGUCUUUGAGGGGGAUCCAGACUUAAUUGGAUGGUGCAGGUUCAUUUGGUUUCAGUCCAUGAUUGUUAAUAAACUCUGCAUCAUCUGCUGUCCUCUUAUGA